ACGGAGGGAGUGCUAUUUUAAGAAUAUAAUUUCAAAUAAUAUAAAGAUUAGUUUGACUCCAAUUCCUAUACCAAAACUAAUUUCCUCGAAACUCUUUUUUAUAUUCCUUUUUUUGAGUUAUAUGAAAAGUCACCUUGUUGGAACAAACCAAAAUUGUUUAUGAUUUGGUAUUUUAGAAGUUUUUAUAAUUCAUGUCUAAAUAGGAUUUAUAGUUUAAAUUAUUUAUUGACUAAGUUUUCUAGCUAAUAUAAGUUAUAGAACAAAGGAGGACUUCACAAGUUUUUUUGUGUUUUAGUAAAAAAAUAUAGAAGAUGAUCAAUCAAUCAGACAUAAUAAGUCUCCGGUUAUUGGAGGCUAGUGAUGCUGGUGAUUUUAUGGAAUGGUGUUCGGAUGAAAACAUUAACAAGUUUUCUCAGCAACUUACUUUCAAAUCGAAAGAAGACGCGAUGAUUCACCUAGCUAAAUAUAUUGUACCACGACGAUGGUUCAGAGCAAUUUGCUUAAAUGGCAAUCCAAUUGGUUAUAUUUCUGUAUCACCUUUACGUGAUGGAAGUGAUAAGUCGAAGGGUGAAAUUAAAUACGUGUUAUCAUCAAAGUAUUGGGGCAGAGGAAUCGCGACCAAGGCUGUGAAGAUGAUGGUGGCCACCAUCUUCGUAGACUCGCCACUAAUGAACAGGCUUGAGGGUAAGGUUGAUAUUGAGAAUAUAGGAUCACAAAGGGUAUUGGAGAAGGCUGGUUUUACAAAGGAAUGUGUUUUGAGGAAGUAUUAUUAUUUUAACGGGAAACUAAGUGAUCUUGUUAUAUUUAGUCUUUUACCUACCGAUCAACUUACUUGAGUCGAGGGGUGUAUCAACUUUAUUUAUCUUGUAAAUAGGAUUU